ACGAUAAUACGAUAAUACGUUGAGAUAAGUUUUGAUUGUUCAGUAGUUCGGUGUGAUUCAAACUAAAUGUGAAUUAUGUAAGAUGGUUAUUACAUGAGAAAGCGUCAAAAGACCGCUUCGUUCAAUUAUGCACGAAUGUAAAAUAUAACCGUACAAUCUCAAUCAGUUUAAACAUAUUGUCAACGUCUUCUUGUGAUGUCAAAUACUACCAGUAUAACCUAUAAAAUAGUGUGAUUUAUUCGUCUUGUUUGCAUUCCUUUAUAAUCUUGGUUUUAUAGAAAGAAACAAUGAAGCAUUCACAUCUAAAAAAAUUUUACAGUUUAGAAAGAACUAUAGGAACUGGUGGCUUUGCUAAAGUAAAACUUGCAACACAUUUACUUACCGGCGAAAAAGUGGCUGUGAAGAUCAUUAACAAAGAAUCCUUGAAGACUGAUACAAACAGAGUGUCACUUGAAAUAAGUUCUAUGAAAACUUUAUCCCACAAAAAUAUUUGUCAACUAUUUCAAGUAUUAGAAACAGAGACUCAUUUCUAUCUUGUAACCGAAUACUGCGCUGGUGGAGAACUGUUUGAUCAUAUAGUCGAGCGAGAACAUCUGGAUGAGGACUCUGCAAGAGUAUUUUUUAAGCAGAUUGUUUCUGCUGUUGCAUAUUUGCAUUCUCAGGGAUAUGCCCAUCGGGAUAUAAAACCUGAAAACAUUUUGUUGGAUAAAGAUGGAAUAAUAAAAUUAAUAGAUUUUGGUUUAUGUGCUCAGCCUGGUAAUAAUAUGCUUCUGACUUCUUGUGGCUCUCCAACAUAUGCAGCUCCAGAGUUAAUCAGAGGAACAGAAUAUUUGGGGGCUUCUGCUGAUAUUUGGUCAUUAGGUGUUGUGCUGUAUGCCAUUGUUGUUGGAAAACUUCCAUUCGAUGAUGAAACAUUUGAAAAUCUUUAUUUAAAAAUACAAAAUGGUGUUUAUGGAGACCCAGCUUGGCUUUCACCUGAGUGUCGUGAAUUAAUUAGAGGUUUAUUGCAAGUCGAUCCACAAAAAAGAUUUACUAUUGAAGACAUUUGUAAUUCAAAAUGGAUGCAGGAAGGACAACCUGUAGAAAUACAAAAGAAUGAACGCCAAAAUAUAACAUAUCAUGCCGAAUGUCUGGAACUCAUGGCUCAAUAUAAAGUACUCACAAUAGAAGCUUUGUGGGAACUUUUGGUUAAGCAUGCAUAUGAUUAUGAUACUGCAACAUAUUUAAUAUUAUGUAAGAUGUAUGAAAAUAACCAACCCUUACGAAUAAAUGUAUUUGAAAGAAGAAAUAGAUUGGAGGAAAUGUUCUGCCCUGUGAAAAAGUCUCCAGGAAUAAUUCCAAGUGUUCUUUGUAACUUUGAAGAUAUUGAACAUAUGAGCCAAGCUGCCUCUGAAGAACUUCAACUUAGUAAUAUAUGUUACAAUUCAAAAGUAAUACAGAAUUCACCAAUCAAUAAUUUGUCUCCAUCGGCUCCUUUACUGGAUAAUAAAAAUGAUCAAAUCAACUAUGUAUUUAGGAAGCAUACCCGCAUAAAUGAAAUGGCUGCAGCUCAAAUCAGAAAUGCGACAAUCAGCUCGAGACAAAAGAGACGCAAGAGCAUAAAUGGGCCGACUCAGGAGAACCGUCGUCCUCCCUCGUUGGCCUGUUCGCCCGAUCCUAAUACCUGUCGCUUGCCGACGAACUUCAACUUGCAGCACGGCAAAAGCACGCCGCGCAGUUCGCCCGCCCGGCGAAUGCUCGGCUCGAUCGAGCGGUCGAUGCACCGCGUCAGGCGCGCCCUUAUGCCCAGGCGAUCUCACCUGGGAGGCACGCCGAAGACGGCCAGGACCAAUCCCUGGACACCUAAUUCGGCGGAGGCUGUCAAAAUCAUGCCGCAAGUGCUCAACGCUAAGAAUUUAUCAAAUGUUUCGACAACGACAGCGGUUGAUCCUGCACUUGUCCUUCUUAAAUUGCGAACUGCCUUAUACGAAAAGGGCAUAUUUUGUAAGCAGAAAGGGUACACCCUGCGCGGGCGCAUGGAAUUAUGCAAAGAACCAAAACCAUCAUUAUCUAACCUGGUAAAAACACCUACCACAACCGCUAAUGACGACCAAAAACCAUUUAUACACAACAAUAAUAGUAAUUCCUCGAACGAGGUGCCAAAUUCGAAGGAUUCGAAUUGUUACUGCUCGUUCGAGCUGGAGGUAUGCCUGCUGGACACUGCCGCUCUUGGCGGAGGCGACAGUCGUGUCCUGGUGCGCAGGAAAAGGCUCAAGGGCGACGCCUGGUGCUACAAGAAAGUCUGCGAGGAGGUGCUGCGCAUCACGUCCACCGAAUUUCUCGAUGACGAGAGCUUCCUUGGAGUCACGAGAUUCGAUGGAAAUGAUUCGUAUUAGACCAUUAAGUGAAAUAUCUAGGUUUGAUCUGAUCUAUUCUCGUCUUGUCUGAUCUUUACUAACCAAAUUUCAUACUUUCAUACUCAUUUUUAGUUGUGAGAUGAAAUGAAACGAAAUUUUAUUGCGAAUUGUAUAUAAUUACAUUUAAGGA